GCAGGCGUGAUGUUGGGGCUCCCGGGACCAGCCCCGAGCGGCAACCCCCGGUCUCAGUGCUCUCACGCAGCUCUCCCCGAGGGGCUGGGCCUGGGUGCUGCAGGCCAGGAGUCUCCCCUCUGGGCCCUGGCAGGCCCCAGGGCUAACCCGGGGAAAUUUCCAGCCUCUUGCUUCGACGGGGGCUCCGGGCAGCUGUGGUGUUUCCGCGAGAAGUGCCCUUGCUCCAGACACCAGGACAGAAUCGCGCUUCUUCCCUGGGCUGAAGGGCUCCUCCCCUCCCCCAGGCUCCCGCCCGGGCCCUCGGCGACCAGCGGCGCAGCUGCCCGCAGCCCUGUGGGAGAAGUCCGAGGGCUCGGGACAGCCCCGCCCUGGAGGCCUCGCCUUCCAGAGACAGUUCGCGUCUCUGGGGAGGGCAUCUACUGCCCCGGCUGAUGGAGCCCUGGGGCCCGCAGACUUUCCCCAGGCGAGGGGUUGGCCGGCUGCUAAGUAACCUCCAACCAGGCAGGGAGCCUCGGGCCUCAGCGGCAGCGAGGGCAGGAGCGCAGCGGAGACGGGAAGGAAAGGACUCGCCCUGCGUUCGGCUAGUCCUGGAGGUUGCCACGAGGCAGCGGUGAGGGAGGGAAGCUCCAGACUGCUGGGCUGAGGUCUCCGGGGCCUGGAACGCAGAGGCCAGAAUUCCCCAGGCUUCCAGCACAGCCUGAGAGUUGACGCCAUGGCGUAGCAGGAGUGAUGUUGGGCCUCCCGGGACCAGGGCCGAGGUGGAGGUGACCCCUCAUGGGCUUCCCCGGGAGUCUGGGCCCUCUGCUGACAGGCCUGUCUGUGGGGCUCCUGGUACUCUUCAGCGGGGUGCCUCUGGCCCAGCCCACCGACCUCUCAGCAGCACUGGCCCACCACCCCCACUUGUGCCAGACCACCAGGGAUGCGGAGGGCCGCCACCACCCGGGUUUCUUCUGCCCUCGGCUCUCGGAUGCGCCGGAGGAAGCCUACUGCUGCCACCUGCGGGCCGCGGGGGGCUCCUGCUGCACCCUGCGCGAAUUCGAGGCCUUGUACCAGGUGAACCUGUCCGCCCUUCCGCCCCCGCCCAUCUUCAGGGGCCCGGGCCCGCUCCUGGCGCUGGGCCUCUACAGCCUGCUGCUCGUGGCGCUGAUGACCGCAGACCUCGUGCACUUCUGCCGCGUCCGGGGCCGGGGCCGAGGCCCGGGCCGGAGUCGGAGUCCGGGCCGGGGCCGGGGCCGGGGCGCGGAUCGCCGGCGCCGCGCGCCUCCAGCGCGGUCCUCCGCGGCGCGCCCCCUGCGGGUCUGCGCGGGGGUGAACUAG